CAUAAGUGAAGAGAACAAAUACAGUUUCCAAAGUGGAAAACAACAUCUUAAGAACUUCUGAGUGAUACAUCUGCAAGCUGUAAAUCUAAAGGAUGCCUUUGGCUGCCCACACCGUAGGAUCAUCUUUCCGAAUAGAGUCCUUGAUAGGAUGGACUUCUGAAUACGAGAAGAAGGUUUUUCAAGAUCUGGAGACCUUGCCAGAAAGUAACAAAUCUAAGGAAAUUUUGGAAGUCUCAACAACUGGACAGUCACAGGCGAGGAGUAUGGCAACUCAGUACAACAUAUUAGGAAGAAGACUGGGUAACACUGAAAAAAGUAAAAGAGGAAGGACCGAGUAUAAUAUUUCUAAUCAUGAGAAUUGGUCAAACAUCACUGAAUGCCAAAAAGCAGAGGAAACAGAAUGGGAUUCCAGAAGUAUGCCAUCUGAAGACCAAUGUGAAAUACUUGAAUGCACUCAACAAAAAGACAGCGUUGUAUGUGCAAAAAAGAUGAUUACAGAGAAAAAAAUUAAGGUUUCUGAGAAACCCAACCACUCUUACAUUGCUUUGAUAUCAACAGCAAUUUUGUCUUCCCCUGAGAAGAAACUGCAACUUAGUGACAUUUACCAGUGGAUCAUGGAAACAUACCCAUAUUAUCACAAUCAGGAUAAGAGCUGGAGAAAUAGCGUUCGCCACAAUUUGUCUCUAAAUGAGUGUUUUAUUAAAGCUGGACGCAGUGAUAAUGGAAAAGGACAUUACUGGGCUGUGCAUCCUGCAAACUUAGAGGCUUUCUCUAGAGGAGACUACCAGAGACGCAGGGCAAGGAGACGUGCACGCAGGUAAGUUAUGUAGCUUCCUGGUAUAACAU